GUCACGUGGUGCGGCCUGCGCCCGCUUCCUAUUACGGGUGCUCCGGGCACUGCCGGUUUGCGCCCAAAGCUUGCUGAGGUCGGCGCGACUCACGAUGCGUAGCGGGCAGCCUGCGGCGGGGGCCCCGGUGCGCCAGUUCACCAACUGCCGCAUCCUGCGCGGCGGCACGCUGCUCAGGGAGGAUCUGUGGGUGCGCGGGGGCCGCAUCCUGGACCCAGAGAAGCUGUUUUUUGAGGAGAGGCGCGUGGCUGAUGAGCAGCUGGACUGCGGAGGCCGCAUCCUGGCGCCCGGCUUUAUCGAUGUGCAGAUGAACGGUGGAUUUGGUGUUGACUUCUCCAAGACCACGGAGGAUGUGGGUUCUGGGGUCGCCCUAGUGGCCCGGAGGAUCCUGUCCCAUGGUGUUACCUCCUUCUGUCCCACCCUGGUCACUUCCCCACCAGAGAUUUAUCACAAGGUCCUUCCUCAGAUUCCUGUGAAGAGUGGAGGUCCCCAUGGGGCAGGGGUCCUCGGGGUGCACUUGGAGGGCCCAUUCAUCAGCCGAGAGAAGCGGGGUGCACACCCUGAGGCCUACCUCCGCUCCUUUGAAGACAAUGCUUUUCAUGAUGUGCUGGCCACAUAUGGGUCCCUGGACAACGUCCGCAUUGUGACACUUGCCCCUGAGUUAGAGCGGAGCCAUGAAGUGAUCCAGGCAUUGACAGCCCAAGGCAUCCGUGUGUCUCUAGGGCAUUCAGUGGCUGACCUGGGGGCUGCAGAAGUAGCAGUGCAGAGUGGAGCCACCUUUAUCACCCACCUUUUCAAUGCCAUGUUGCCUUUCCACCACCGGGACCCAGGCAUAGUAGGACUUCUCACCAGUGACAAGCUUCCCCCAGGCCACUGCAUCUUCUAUGGGAUGAUUGCUGACGGCAUACACACUAACCCCGCAGCUCUGCGCAUUGCUCAUCGGGCUCAUCCCCAGGGACUGGUGCUGGUCACGGAUGCUGUCCCUGCCCUGGGCUUGGGCAAUGGCCGCCAUACGCUGGGACAGCAGGAGGUGGAGGUAGAUGGGCUCAUAGCCUACAUUGCAGGCACCAAGACUCUGUGCGGCAGCAUAGCCCCCAUGGAUGUGUGCAUCCGGCAUUUCCUGCAGGCCACAGGCUGUAGUGUGGAGUUGGCUCUGGAAGCUGCGUCCCUCCACCCUGCCCAGCUGCUAGGGCUGGAGAAGACCAAGGGGAGCCUGGACUUCGGUGCUGAUGCAGCUCACCUGUGGAGGUCAGAGGACAACUUGCUGUAGUUGGUUCUCUCCUUCUACCAUACUUUGUGGUGCUCGACGACACCCUCCAUGUCCAGGCCACUUAUAUCUCGGGUGAACUGGUGUGGCAGGCAGAGGAAGCUGGGCCGUGACUGAGGAUCUUGACUGGAGAGGACAUUUGGCUCCAGCUGGACACUGACAGGCCAGGCAGUCCAGGGAGCUGGUCUCCAGGGAGUAAGCUGGGAGCCUUGCCCCAGGUCUCACACACAACCUCAUCACUCGACUGAAGGAGAGGCGUAGGAGGCGUAAAUACAACAGGAUUUGCCUUA